UGUUAGUGAUGUUCCCUACUAGAGAGCAGCACAAUGUUUAAUUUGACAGCUGACAGUGUUAAAUUAGAAAAAAAAAAAGAAUAAAAAUGUAUUGAGGAUCAGUGAGGAUUUCCCUCGGGACAAUCUACAUGUUUGAGAAAUCGUCUCCUUGUUUUCCAAAAUGUGGCAUUAGAAACUCAUAUUUAGACCUAAAUGCGUGACAAGCGUAAAAACAAUGGGUAAUUGCUUGAAACGGUCGACAACAGAUGACAUUUCGCUGUUGAGAGGCAGCGACAGCGUACGCGAGUCCUCCUCCGAGCAGCUGGGGCCCCCCAACUACCAGGAGCCCCUCCCCAUCCAGGCGGCUUCGCCCGUGUACCACCCGUCGCCCAGUGUGACCCGUUCGGUGGCGCAGCUGACUGAGGAAGAGCAAGUGAAGAUUGCAAAACGUAUAGGCCUGAUCCAGCACCUGCCGACGGGUUUAUACGAUGGGUGUAAGAAGGCCCGCGAGUGUGUGAUUUGCAUGGUGGAGUUCCUCGUCGGAGACGCUCUCCGAUACCUCCCCUGCAUGCACACGUAUCAUAUGAGUUGCAUCGAUGAUUGGCUAAUGAGGAGUCUGACGUGCCCCAGCUGCAUGGAGCCCGUCGACGCGGCUCUGCUCACCAGUUACGAGACCAAUUGACAGCCAGUGCCUUGCAACUGAUCGGGAAACUGUGAUCUGAACUGUUAAGGGCGUGAAUGGAGAGUGGCUGUGAUCCUCAUUUAGCUACUUAUAGCUCACGCUUGUAACUAGCUACUUGAGAUGACUGUAUAUAAGUAGAGGUAGCAGUCUGUUUAUUAUAAGUUACUUGGUUUUAAGUGGUGAUUGUCUGAUCAAACUGCACACGAAAGCAGCUAUAACCGAGCAAACUCAUUCAAAACUGUUCACCAGUCAUUAUUUUAUUAUAUCACAUUGUUAGAGUAGAUAGGAAAAUGGAAGUGGUUACAGCAUAUUUUAAAGCUUCAUCUGUCGAAUUUUAGACACAAUAGACUUAAGGACAAACUAACCAACAUUUUAUCUAACAUCACGUCAUUGUGAUAGCCAUUUAGGAAUAGUUUACGAUAAAAAAGUGCAUUUUUACUCAAAGCUGCAGUACAGGGUGGUUUUCAUUUUUUGCUCCACUCUUAGCUUUUUUCAUUUUUUUAGAUAGCGAAGCGGUCUGUAUUUUUAUUUAUUUUUAUCCUCGCCUGUGUCCAGGCCCGUAACUAGGGCCUCCAUAAUUUUUACUGGGGCUAGAACAGUGAAGUUUUUUCAAAAAAAGCCCGAUUUUAUUUUUUUAAAUGACAGUGACAUUUAUGACGUCAUUCGAUUUUGAGUUGUGACGUCAUUUAAUGACAACUGACAUUUUUGUUCACUGUUUUAAAUAUCAAUCUUUAUCUUUCUGGUAUUAAAUAAAAAAUUAGAGAAAUAAAAUUAACAAAUUAAUCACAAUCUUGCCUUAUUUUAUAAGGGACAAACAAGAACAAGAAGAUGAAGCUCUUUGUAUAAAAAUUUCUAUAAUUUUUUUUUGUGCUUUAUUCUUUUGAAUUUAUUUAUGCUCUACAGAAAGAUAACGAUGUGUACUAUCUAAAAUGACGUCAUAAAUGUCACUAGUGUCAAAAUUAAAUCGACUUGUUGUGGGAUUUUUUUGAAAAAUGACUCAUAACAAAGAUUGAAUUUUGUGUUACUUGUUGUUAAAAAGACAGUAAAGUUGGGCCCCCACUAGCUACGGGCCUCAAGUGUUUUUUUUGUGUGUGAAACGGGAUUUUUGCCACUUUCCCCAAUCCGUUCAGAUUUUCAUUACUUAAAACUUGAGCGGAAGUACGUCCAGUUCAUAGUCUCGUAUUAUUUCUAAAUAAGUGAUAUAUCAGUAGCUUGUUAUGAUGCAAUCUACUCUUCUUCGCUGUUAUAUGUUUUAUUUUGAAUGAUGAAAAAAUUUUAAUAUUGACUAGGAAUACUUACAAGUUUUAUACAAUAAUGUAUAGAAAUUUCGAAGUGAUAGGUAUACAUAUAUAUAUAUAUCGGUUACGUUGGUGUGCUGUGCUUACAGAUCAGUUAGAUAUACUGAAGGUGUUAUAUUUAGUACUAUGCAAUUAUUUCUAUUACUACUAGCUGAAACGUCUCAACAAGAAUCAAACAUUGUUCAUAUUACCUUUGUUCAUAAUAAUAAAUAUGGAAAUGUGAUAUGGUUUUUAAUUCUACUAAUUUUGUAUUAUUAAUAUUUUGUUUAAGUUUUACACAUUUUAACAUUAUUCCCAACAACAAAUUGUACAGUUUCUAUUCUGAGUGUUAAAUACAAUUUCAUACAAAAUAUCUAAAUAAUAACAUUAAAAAACA